UAAUGUGAUCUACCCUAUCCCCAUCCCUAUCCCUAUCCCGAGUUCCCUAAUCCCUACCCUCCUUCUCUAUCCCCAUUAUUAGUCGAGUCUUUUUCACACCUCCCUCCCUAAAUCCUAAUCCCUAAUCCCUAUCUUCAACCCUUGCCCAAACCACUGCCACUAGGGCACCCACCACUCAUUAAUCCUUACUUCUUCUUCUUCUUCUUUUUCUUCAUUCCCAUUCUUGAUUUCUCCAAAGCUUCAUGCUUUUCCUACUUUGAAGAAUUCAAAUCAUGUAUAGAUCUUCUCUUCUUGUUCCUGCUGUAACCCUUAUUGUUACUGUGCCUUUGCUUUUCCUCUUGGCUCCAAGAAUUCUCCCUCCCCGCCGGAUCUCCAUCACCGUUCCCGACGAACUCGAUGAUCUCUCGCUCUUCCAGAAGGCCAUCGCCGCCGAGACCACUUUCCCCAAGCACCCCUCGCACGCUACAAAGGCGCCUUCGAAUAAGUUCCGGUUGGGAUCCACCAACGCCGCCGCGCUCCGCCGUCCCAAAAUCGCGUUCUUGUUUCUCACCAACACUGACCUCCACUUCGCCCCGCUCUGGCAGCUCUUCUUCAAUGGCACCCGUCCGGUGGAUCCCCACUUGUUUAAUGUUUACAUCCACGCCGACCCGAAUGUGAAAAUUGCUUCUCCGACGGGAGUGUUUAAGGACAGAUUCAUCCCUGCCAAGCCCACUCAGCGGUCCUCCCCUACUCUAAUCUCCGCCGCGCGCCGCCUCCUCGCCACCGCCAUGUUGGACGAUCCGGCGAACGAGUUCUUCGCGCUCAUAUCUCAGCACUGUAUCCCCCUCCACUCCUUCGGUUACUUGUACAAUUUCCUCCUCGAUACGCAAAAGCUCUCCCACGAAAUGCAGUACCCUAGCUACAUCGAGAUCGUCUCCGAUUCCUCCUUGCUAUGGGACCGGUACAAUGCGAGGGGGAUGGACGUCAUGGAGCCGGAGGUCAGUUUCGAUGAGUUCCGGGUCGGGUCACAAUUCUUCGUCUUGACCCGGAAGGAUUCCUUGCUGGUGAUCAAAGAUCGGAAGCUCUGGCGCAAAUUCCGCAAGCCUUGCAUAAACGUCGAAUCCUGCUACCCCGAAGAGCACUACUUCCCCACCCUGAUUUCAAUGCAGGACCCGAAAGGCUCCGCGGGUUACACAUUGACCCGGGUUAAUUGGACCGACAUGGUGGACGGCCACCCCCAUACCUACCACCCGCCGGAGAUUUCGUCGGAGCUUAUUUACACCCUCCGGAAAUCGAAUUCGACGUAUUCUUACAUGUUCGCCCGCAAAUUCUCCCCCGAUUGCCUCAAUCCCCUGUUGGAAAUGGCGGAUUCAGUCAUCUUCAAAGAUUAGAUUUCUAUUUUUCCGGUGAGGAGAAAGCAGAGGCAAAUUUUUUGAAGACGAUUGAGAUUUCAGGAUGUUGAAGUAGUAGCACGAGUUGGGGGUACAAGGUUUGAUGAGGGUGUUAAGAAUAAAGCCCCCUCGGCCUAAGUCUCCCCCACCUCCACCUCCGGGAGGAUUGUAUGUGAAGCCUGGAAUAGCUUUCGAAGAAAGAAAGAAAGAAAGAAAGCUGUGAUAGAAGUAGUAGUGAAGAAGCAAGUGAAGUGAUGUAAUGUUUGGAUGGUUGUUGAUAUGGGGGGGUUUUCUUCCCUUGUGUUUUAAUUCUGUGUACAUAUUUGGUGGAUCAUGAAUGGGAAGAUGAUUUGUUUAUAUACCCUAAU